UCUCGUUUUUCUUGAUCCAUUAAGUUUUUCCAUAUCCUUAUUAGAAACGACGAGAAUUGAGCUUACGGACGUUGUCCCAUAAUGAUCUCAUAACUUUUAAGUUGUACGCUAUGCAAAUCGCAAAGAAUACGUGGGCGAUGGUGCCACUCGACUUCCGUACCACUCGUUCGAUAUGCUCUCUUUAAAUAAAGCGAUUUAAAUAAUUUACUAGAUAUAAUAUCACCAAACGACUAACUAUCUCCUUUCGAUACUUUUUAAUAAUCUCAUAUAUUCGAUACACACACACACACACACACACACACACACACACACACACACAUACACACACAUAUUUUCUAUGUAUUACAUAGAACGAAUUAAAUAAAGGGUCACGUUUUAUUUAUUACCAUCAUUUUCGAGAUCUUUAGUUUAAAUUCGACCGUACGAACAGAUCUAUUCGAAUAAUUUGGAACGAUCCAUUUCUAAACUGUGUCCGUGUCAUAAACUCUCAUUCGUUUCGAGAAAAGCCGACGCGACGGACGAAAUUCUUUUCGACGACAACAACGACGACGAAGACGACGAUCAGAGAAGACGAAGAGAGAAACGAUGAUGACUCUCGCUGGCAAUGGCACGGCGACGAUGCAUAAACGAUAAUUCGAGUCCGGAUGCGUCACGCCUCUCCACGAUUUACCCUUUAAAUCACUAUUACCAUUAAGGGCUAUCAUCAUCAUUAUCAUUAUCAUCAUUGGUUUCAUCUCACUGGAAAGCGAAAAAAAUAAUAAGCGUCGCACGGAGGCACGACUAAUUUCCUGGACGAGAUAGAGGCUCACUGCUGUCCCGCGACACUUUCCAAGCGAUGACGAGAGAGGAAGCAACAGCAGCAGCAGCAGCAAUCUUCGAAUGGAAGCAAUAAUCGAUCGUUAAAACUUGAAAGAGAGAAAUUCUGGAACGACAACGACGACGACGACGACGACGAUUGCUAUAACAUACUAUAGUUGAUUUCAACGAAAAAAUUCGUCUUUUCCGAUAUAUGUAUCGUUUCCUUUGUCUUUUUUCGUUUUUUUUUUUUGGUUUUCUUUUUCUUUUAUACGUAAGAAAAAGUACUACAAGCACGUUUACGAAUUUUCGUCCUAAUUUUCUUAAUGGCCGAAUAGAAAAAGAUCAGCUUUAAUAUAAUAUAUAAAUUUGUACGAAAAGUUUAUUAUAUCAAAGGAAACGUGUGUCAUUCGAUCGUUGUGUUCGCUCGAUGUACUAUUUACAACUUGUUAAGUUUAUACAUUGAAAAUUAACGAUCGAAGAGAGAAAGAAGAAGAGGAAAAAAGUAAGAAGGAAAAGAAAAAGGAAAAGAUAUAUAUCGAGUGCUCGUCGACGAAAUAUCGAACGACGUUUACGUCGGUGGUGUCAAGCAGGAACGGAGACAACUGUUGUUAAAGAAGAAGAAGAAGAAGAAGAAGAAGAAGAAGUAGAAGUAGUAGAAGAAGAAGAAGAAGAAGAAGAAGAAGUGAAGGAAGGUGGGGAGAGAGGAGGACGAGGACGAGGACGGGCCUUUCGCGCGCGAGCAAGUGGGUCAGUGUCCUGGCCGAUCGCGAGGAGAGACGACGACGAGUACGUCGUGGAGAAGAGAAUAUUUUUUACGAAACUCUUUCACCCUCUCAAAAGAUGAGACUAUUUUAUAAUUUUAUUAUACGUUGGAUUAUUGAACUUCGGUGAAAAGUGAGAAGAAAAAAAAAGAGCUAAUUUUAUUAUAUUUUUUUUUUCUCCCUCUCUUCUCUCUGUCUCUCUGUCUCUCUCUCUCUCUCUCUCUCUCUCUUUCUUUCUUUCACUCUUUAUUUUGUUUUUCCUUCGUAACAUUCAUUUCCGUUUCUUUAUCGUUAAUUUUGUUUCCAUCGUACUAGCACAAGUUCCCAUUCCGGAUUUUUUCCCCACUUCCUUCUUUUUUCUUUUCGUUUUGUUUUUCUUUUUGUCUUCGUUAUUUUAUUCUCCCCCAUUCUCCCGUUGUGUGAAAUUUGUGAGGAAGAAUUCGUUUAUCACGGUGGAUGAUGUGCCGCGACAGAGGAUCAAGCAACGACACGUAACGACACAUCAGUUUGUCCGAUGACAAACGUCAAUAGGAUCAGGGUGGUCGUCCUCGGCGGCCCCAGAGUCGGCAAGUCCGCGGUGGUCGUCCGAUAUUUAACGAGGCGAUACAUCGGCGAGUACAGUUCGACCAGUGAUUUCCUUUACCGGCACAGCGUUACCAUCGAUAACGUUACUACCGAGGUGGAGAUACUGGACACUUCCAGGUGCGAGGAAAACGGUUGCCUCUAUUCGCACAUACGAUGGGGCGAGGCCUUCGUCGUCGUUUACAGCGUUACAUGUAAACGAAGUUUUCAAGAAGCAAGAGGACUUUUAAAACAGCUUGCAGAUUUACGUUUACCAUCCUACUUCACUGCACUCUUGCUCGGCAAUAAGAGAGAUCUGGAUCAUGCACGAGAGGUAUGCGUUGACGAGGGACAACAGCUGUCAUUGGCUCAUGGAUGUCAAUUUUAUGAGGUCAGUGCUGCCGAAAGUCCAGCAGGUGCAGCUUUAGCCUUCCAAGCACUUCUACGAGAGGCAAGAUCGGUCCAACUUUUACGGGCUUUACCGAUACGUAGAAAGCUUGGUGUUCAUUCGGUUUCAAGGGUCCUCGGCACGAUAUUUGGCAAAAAUACAACCAAGGAUCGUAAGAAGAGGCCAUCAUUGAGUAUAUGACGCCUUCUAUGCGCCCUACUCCUCGGAGCUCGCGACGAACCCGAUAGAAGAACCGACGUCGUUGUCCUUAGUAGCAACGUUUAUGCAAAUCGUUGAUCGUCCUACUCUUAUUUCUUAUAUACGUACAUAUAUAUAUAUAUAUAUAUAUAUAUAUAUAUAUAUGUAUAUGUGUAUGUAUGUAUAUAUGUAUAUAUUUUUCUAUCCUUUUUCUUUACCCGAUUUCUUUUUUUUUUCUCCUUUUUUAUAAUGACUUCGUAAAAGUUUUAAAUGAAAAAAUGGUAUAUAUAUAUAUUUACGUAAAAGAAAGAUUUCAAAAAUUAAUGAAUUAAUUCAGAAAAGAUAAGUGAUAUACAAUG